GAUUUGUGUUGAGUGCUUGUUCUCGACAUCGAGCUAAGGCCUUUUGGCGACUUGCACAUUUUAUUAUUAUUUAUAAGUAACAAAAUACAAAAAUAUAAUGAGUACUAAAGCAGAAUUGGCAUGCACUUAUGCUGCUCUUAUUUUGGCAGACGAUGAUGUUGGAGUAACCGGAGAAAAAAUUCAAACAAUUUUAAAAGCAGCCAAUGUUGAUAUUGAACCAUACUGGCCAGGCUUGUUUGCCAAGGCGUUAGAGGGUGUAUCAAUUAAAGACUUAAUUACAAAUGUUGGAGCUAGUGCAGGAGCUGCUCCAGCCGCUGCUGGAGUCGCAGCUGCAGAAGCACCAGCUGCUGCUGCUGCAGGUGGAGGUGGUAAAGGAGGAGACAAAAAAGAAGAGAAAAAGAAAGAAUCUGAGCCUGAAUCAGAUGAUGAUAUGGGAUUCGGAUUGUUUGAUUAGAUGACUUAUUUUUAUAUUUUUGUUAAAAUGAAGUGAAACAUGUAUUUAUGUUACUGACAAUAUAAGUAUUACAUGUGAAUCUU